GGGUGUCUCCAUGUGACUUGAAAAAGGCAACAUAGACACAAUCUCUCCCUCUCUCUCUCUUUGCUUUCCUUCUUCUUCUUCUUCUUCUUCGUCAAAACACUAAAGAAAAUGAACCAGAGCUCCCAUGGCUUGUUCUUCAUUUUCCUCCUCCUCUCCCAAUCAGCCACUGCACGUUUCCUACCAACCAAACAAGGUUUUGAAGAAACCCACAACAAGCUCAGCCAUGGAAUGAUCCAACCAGAUUCAUGGCCAGAUUUCCCCCAAAUCAUAAGAGAAGAAGAAGAAGAUGAAGAAUGGGAGAAGAGAAGGAUGAUGUUAGAAGCACACUUGGAUUAUGUUUAUACACAAAAUGAGAAGCCUUGAAUUAUGUUUAUACAAUUUUCAUUUUUUUUUUCUACUCAAGAUAUGUUUUAUGCACAUAUAUCAAAAAUAUUACAACAAAUGUUGAUGUUUUCAUCAUCAUUUCAUAAUUAUAUGAGGAAUAUAGUAUUGUUUAC